UGGAAAUCCUUUAGGACACUCCAAGAACAAUGUAGCAAACACUGACACUGUGACACAUGUAGGACCCAACCAAUCAGGAGAGACAGGGGUGUCGCCGUGGCUGUAUAAAUGGACCAGGUGAAACAGGUGGUAACUGUGUCAGACCUUAUUAUUCUACCUGCUUGGACAGAGUGCAGUUCAAGAAAAUCUUUUUCCACUGUGGUACGGGGAGGCAUCAAAACAGACCGAUACCCUUCCAGCAACGAAGGCACACAAAGGAAAAUAAGUGUAAGGAGCUGAGGACACCAGUGAAAAAAGAGGAGACAGUUUGGAGAGGACAUGACGUCGUUUGAGUCACAAGGUCAGUCACCUCCUCGAUGUGGUCCCCAGUUCCCUAGUUUGGGACAGGAGCCUCCUGAGCUCAGCAUGUACAGCGACAGUUACUAUCCUCCACCAUCGCUGCCCAGCCCUCAGAGGACUGCCCCCACAUCCUACGAGUUGGGGGACUACACCACCACAUCUCCCAACCCCUACCUGUGGUUCAACGGCUCUGGGAUCAACAGUUCUCCUUACCUGAGUGGUGGUCCUGGAGCAGCAGCUCCUCCAUUCGUCUCCCAGCACUAUGGUAUGCAGAGGCCUUUCCUGGGUGCUGGAGGGGCAGGUGGAGUUGGAGGGGACCUCAACUGGUUCUCUCUGCCUUCCCAGGAAGACCUGAUGAAACUGGUCCGGCCUCCAUAUUCAUACUCUGCCCUCAUCGCUAUGGCCAUACAUGGAGCCCCUGAUCGGCGCCUCACACUGAGUCAGAUCUACCAGUACGUGGCGGACAACUUCCCAUUUUACAACAAGAGCAAGGCAGGAUGGCAGAACUCCAUUCGUCACAACCUCUCCCUGAACGACUGCUUUAAAAAGGUUCCAAGGGAUGAGGAUGACCCUGGGAAGGGUAACUACUGGACACUGGACCCAAACUGUGAGAAGAUGUUUGACAAUGGCAACUUCCGUCGCAAGAGAAAGAGAAAGUCUGACUCCCUUGGUGAAGGAGCCCCUGGGGGACCUCUGGCCCAAGAGUCAGGGGAGAGAAGCGCAGGAGGAAGCCCCAAAAACCCCAGCAAUGUAACUGACAUCACCAACACUCCAGAGCGGGGCCCUUCACCCACCUCAACAGGGCCCUCACCUUGCCUGAGCAACUUCCUGUCUGAGAUGUCUGGAGUGGCGACGGGAUCAAUGGGCAUCGGAGAAGACUCCUUGAGCCGUCCUCUGCCUUUGGGCCUGCCAGUGGAGGGUCCCCCACGGGCCUCUUCAGCCACAGGUUUUGGCCCUUACUCCCCCAACGCUACAGUACCGGAGUGGGCAGCCCCCUUGCCUCCACCACCUCCGCUCUCCUCGUCACCCUCUCACUCAUCUCUCGGUUACAGUGGCUCCAUUCUUAGCCAGUUUAACAACCACUUCUACCCUGGGCUCGGAUCGGCCGGGGUGAUCUACCCACGGGAGGGCACAGAAGUGUAAAGGAAACUCAGUGAUAGACUGGCAAAGAGACACGCAGUCAUCAGCCCAUUGUGUUGACUGGCGUUUCUCUCUCACUGGCGCAGAGCCCCCAUCUGAACAAUGUGUCUCAGCAGAGAAUCCCACAAAGCGGCCUGCUCAGCUCUUCCCAGCAUGGUGACUUGGCAGCAAGAUGACGAGAGCGGGCUCCCACAGGAACACCUGAGUCAGCGGCAAUAGAACAAGGCAAACACUCCCACGGCCCCUUAUCCAGACCUAGUGUCAAAGCUCACAUGCAUACACUAAUCUCAUAUCAGCUUUGGUGCUGACACUAUGCCAUUCCAUGCAAACAUCCAAACUGCCUGUCCUUUGAUAUUAUCGCCUAAAGCCUUAUGUGAAACCUUGGGCAGGAGGCUGACAUCUAUUCUGUUUGUGACUUAAAGGAUUUGGAAUGAGUUUGU